AGGGUAUCACAAUGUUCACAAAUAUUAUCACUGACUGUCCCUGUCUGUUUAGCUCGGCAGGUUACUCUUUGUCGCUCAAAAUGAGAGUGAGCUUAGUUCUGCUGUGUCUGGUUCUUCUCUGGGGAGACUCUCUCAGUGAAGAGUGUGUGCGUGAGCUCCAGGUGGAUGUGGACUUCCCAGGCAGUGACGUCCAGCAGAUCCUCUCUCCAGAUGCGCACCACUGCCAACUGGCCUGCACUCAGCACCACCACUGUCUCUUUUUCACAUUUGUUCGACCUGAAUGGACCAGGGACAAGCGACAGUUCUACUGCUACCUGAAGCACACAGACUCUGGGAAACCUGCAAAAAUUACUUCACUGAGUGGCGUCACUUCUGGCUACUCAAUGAAAACAUGCAAAGACAGAAGCCCCCAAUCUUGUCUGUCGACGGUCUAUAAGAAUGUGGACUUCACUGGGGCAGAUUACACAUCCCUGUUUACAGCGGACUAUGAGGACUGUCAGAGCACUUGCACUAAGGACCCAGACUGCCAGUUCUUCUCCUUUCUUAACCAAGACUUUCCAACAUCAAAAUACAGAAACAAGUGCUUCCUGAAACACAGAAGGGUUUUCCCCAGUCCUCCAAGAGUCAACAGCUUGAAUGGAGUGGCGAGUGGCUUCUCACACAAAAUUUGCACUGCCGGCAGCACUGAUGGAAAAAAUUGCCAGUACAAGAUUCAGACCGAUGUGGAUUUUCCUGGGAAUGACUUUGAGCAGGUUCCAUCUCCCUCGCCUGAAUACUGCCACUUUUUAUGCACCAUCCACCCCCGCUGCACCUUCUAUUCAUAUGCAAGGAAAGAGAUGCUUUGCAACUUAAAGCACAACAAAGAUGAACGGCCCUAUGCUUCUAAGGAUGGGGUGAUGUCAGGAACCCCAACACGCUUCUGCGAGGACGCAAAUGGUGACUGUGGGAGGACUUCAUAUGAAAACAUAGACUUCCUUGGGUUUGACAGACGCUUCGUCCUACUGGACGAUCCACAGACCUGCCAGGAAACCUGCACAGCUGAUCCUGAGUGCCAGUUCUACAGCUACGUCUAUGAGUCAUAUCAUGUGCCUACUCAAAGGAGGAGAUGUUACCUGAAGCAGGUGAUCACGGUCCCCCUUCCUCCGAAGGUGGUUGCCAUGCAGGGCGUGGUUUCUGGGUUCCACCAGAGGGGCUGCCAGCAGAGUGGAGGAGUGGAGAAGACAGGUGUGCAUUAAUGCUUUUACCGAGGGACAGUGCGAUUACACUGCUGGUGCUGCUUACAGUGUGGCACAGGCCGUCAUUACUAUGGCAAAAUCCUUUUAAAGCAUGCAUCUGAUUUCCAUGACUUUCCAGUCAUAAACAAAUGUACAAAAUAAGUGCAAUUAAUAAACCCAAAUUGUUGACCUUUGCAA